GUCGGUUUGUCGAUUAAUCCCCAACGGAUCACCCAACCCAUAAAAACCCCAGCCAAAGUUCCGAAGUCACCUCCGGCGAAGUCGGGAACCUCUUUUCCCGGCAAGCCCUCGCUUUCCUGCCUUCCUGGAAAAUUUGCUGGAAAAAUCUCUCCGAAACAUUCAUGCCAUACAAUCAGGUGCAGCGCAGCAGGUUGCCGUAUAUAUAAAAUAUUCCCUUGGUUUUUUUUACAAAUUUUAAUUCAUUUCCCUAUUUUUACCUUUCUUGGUCGUCGUAUUUGGACAUGUUCAGUUGAGUGAAAAGUUUGAAACUUAUAUAUGGAUCACUUACCUGAUCAGCCACACCCUCCUGGCGUUGAGCCUCUAUCGAAAUUCUCCCCAAACUCUGCUAGUUUAGUUCCAUCUGUCCCAUGCCGCCAGAAGCUAUCUGAGAGCACUGUGCAACCAUACUACUUGCAUCAUUCAGGAAUCAAUACCUUUCCUCUGCCCCCAUCUGAUGCAACAGUUUUACCUACCACUCAAAACUACUAUUCACAUGUUACUCAAAUUGCUCAAUUUAAUCAUGCUCCAAAUGCUCCUCUUUUAACAGGGAAUAUUCCAAAUAACUUUCAAAAUAGCAAUAUUAGCAUGCCAAACACUCAAACCUUUAGACAAGAGGUUCCCAGCUCAGCAGAUUCACCAGGAGUUUUGUAUAGCAUCAUGCAACCUUAUAUAGAAAAUAAUGUUUCUCAGCCACAACCAGUAAGUGUAGAGGGUCCGCCCCACCAAAGUCUGACUCUGUCCAAUGAAAUGUACAUGCUGGCUAAACAGGCAAAGGAAACUGGUGCUAAUGAGAAGAAACAAGCGAAGUGUGGGGAACAUGAUCAUCCAAGCCAAUCUGAAGGGCCUGGUUCCAUUGGAUUGUUGGAUACAUGGCAAGAUAAGCUGUUUAUUGCAAACCAACAUGAUGUGAGCUUCAGGGAGCAGCAAGCACAAAAUGAAACUGAGAUGGGUAAGAAAAAGUCCUGGCAGGACAAUGACCGAAGUCCUAGAGAAACAUCAGCUAAUCUGAUUGCUCAUGUUGAUCAAAAAGAAAAUCAAGCAACUUCCUCAGUAGUUUCUCAGGAGUAUGGUAGUCAUAUUCUUUCACAAGAGAGAACUAGUUACCGAAGGUUGCAAGUAGGAAAUGCUAGUGAUAUUGAUGUUGCUGCCCAGGAUGCUGUCCUGCAUGAACAAGAGAUUGCCACUCAGAAGAUUAUACAGAGUCAGAGACAAGCAAGAGGAGCUAGUGGACCUUCCGAGGAUUUGACAGACCUUCUCUCAGGGCGUCAUAAUCCUAAUGCUAUAAAGGAGCAUCUGCUGAAGAUGACUACAGAUCAUCGUGCAGAAAUGGCCUUAAAACGUGGGAAGCCUGCCCUUUCCGAGGAAGGUAACCUAGAAAUUGGAAAUGGAUAUGGUGUACCAGGUGGAGGUGCUUAUGGUGUUUCAAGGGCUAAUGUUACUCCUAAGAAUCUGGGUGUCACCGAUGAAAUUGAUGAUAAAAAUUCAGAAGUUGAUGGAGAGUCUGCACAAAAGCAUGUCACAAAAGAGUUGCCUGAGUAUCUCAGGAAGAAGUUAAGGGCAAGGGGUAUUAUAAAGGACAACAAAACAAGAGAGGAUCCUGCAGUGACUGAUAAUAAGAUGGAGGCCCAACCAACUCAAACCAUGCCCUUUGGAAAGUUGCCUAUCGGAUGGGUGGAGGCAAAGGACCCUGCAAGUGGUGCUUUGUAUUAUUAUAAUGAAAAUACUGGGAAGAGUCAAUGGGAGAAGCCUGCCAUGAAGAUUUCUUUUGGUACAGAACCUGGCUCGCAUUUGCCUCUUCCAGAUGAUUGGCAGGAAGCAUUGGAUGAAACAACAGGUCAGAAAUAUUACUACAAUACGAAGACCCAUGUAUCACAGUGGACACAUCCUGAUCCAUCUCAGCUGUUUGCUUCCCAACAGACAGGCAGCAUGGUUUUGAGUGAUGCAUUUAGUGCAAUUCAGGAUAAUCAGUCGAUGCUAAAAAGAUGUAUGGGAUGUGGUGGUUGGGGGGUGGGCCUCGUGCAGGUGUGGGGUUAUUGUAAUCAUUGUACACGAAUUCUCAACCUUCCUCAAAGCCAUUGCCUGUCAUUCAGUUUGAAUAGCCAACAGCAGACCAGAGACACCGCAAAUAUCAAAGAGGAUUCUAACAAAAUGGUUUCAAAGCAGAGGGCCAAUUUGAAACCCCCAAUGGGAAAAUUCAAUAAAAGAGACAGCAGGAAACGUGCCUACACUGAAGAUGAUGAGUUGGAUCCAAUGGAUCCAAGUUCUUAUUCAGAUGCUCCACGUGGUGGCUGGGUUGUAGGCCUGAAAGGGGUGCAGCCACGAGCAGCUGAUACGACAGCAACGGGUCCUCUCUUUCAGCAGCGUCCAUACCCUUCACCUGGAGCUGUCUUACGAAAGAAUGCUGAAAUUGCUUCUCAAAGCAAGAAACCUAGCUCUCGGUUUACACCCAUAUCCAAGAAAGGGGAUGGGAGUGAUGGACUUGGUGAUGCUGAUUGAAAGAAUCUCUAAACCAUCAUGCUUUAGUAGAGCAAACCUCAUCUUCAGUACUGCAGCUGCAUUUAGCCAAUUUGCACAAGUAUAUUGAGAUGUAGAAAGCUUCAUGUUUGUUGUGCUUCUUGACCACAGGGCUCCUAUAUAAUUGCGCCCCAUAUCUUGUCAAUAUAUAAAUUGUAAGCUUAUAGCGACCUGUAUUGCAAGCCUUCUGCAAAUGGGUUUUCAGUUUCUGUCUGAAGGAAAUCUUUUUGCGCACUCACAGUGCAAAAAAAAAGAGUCAAAAAGUAUUUGGGUUUUGCAUGACAAAUCUAGUGACCCAUGUGAAGAACAAACUGUGUCUGCUACACUUGUCCAGAGGCUUGAGGCAGAUGGAGAAACAUUUGUGAGUGCAUGGAGUUCCAUUCAAGGGAAGGCCUAUAGCCUACAAGGUAAGCAUGUGCGGCAGAUAGAAAAUGAUAUUGACCAGUACAUAAUUCUGUGACUUUUCAAAAGAUUGCAUUAUUUUCCUUGAAGAUUGACAUGAGGCUAUUCUAACGUGUUAUAUGUCACAAUGACUCCUUGAAAUAGAAGGAAUAUCUCUAAUUCUAGCUGGCUAGCAACAAAUAUGGUGUGGCUGAGGUUGUAGUUGAGGUAUCAAUCCAUUUGCAGUUUCUGAAAGCCAAAAAAAGGUGUGUUUAUUUUGUUCCUCAUUAGCUAUUAAAUCUGUCUCCAUGCUUGUUUAGUUGUUCAGAACAAUCUGAAUGUCAACAUUUUAAGUAUCAUCACUUUUCGUUUGAUGGAGGAAGGUUCUAUGAUGGAUGUAAUGAGUAUCAUAGAAUUACCUCCCCGCAUUCUUAUAUUUAUGUUUAAAUUCAUAUUAAAUUGUUUCCGAAUUGUCAUUUC